GUCACACCAGCCGCCAAUAUGACGUCCCAACCCAACUUCAUCUUUAUCAUGGCCGAUGACCAUGCCUCUAAAGCAAUCAGCUGCUACGGAGCCGGCAUCAACAGCACCCCAAACAUCGACCGCAUCGCCCACGAAGGCAUGAAGUUCAACCACUGCUACGUGACCAACUCCAUCUGCACCCCCAGCCGCGCCGCCAUCCUCACCGGCACUCACAACCACGUCAACGGCGUCAUGACUCUCGACAGCAAGAUCAACAAGCAUCUCCCCAACGUAGCUAAGCACCUCCGCACAGGCGGCUACCAAACCGCCAUGGUCGGCAAGUGGCAUCUCGGCGAGGGAGCCCCUCACGAGCCCACCGGUUUCGACUACUGGACCGUCGUUCCGGGCCAAGGCAAAUACCACGACCCGGAAUUCAUCGAGAUGGGCCAGAAGAUCGUGGAAAAGGGAUACGCGACCGACAUUAUCACUGACAAAUCGCUUAAUUGGCUGAAGCAGCGCGACCCCAAGAAACCUUUCUUCCUCAUGUGCCACCACAAGGCGCCGCAUCGCUCAUGGGAGUGUCACCCCGACCACAAGAAUCUGUACCAGGACGACAUUUCCCUCCCGGAUACCUUUGACGACGAUUACAAGAAUCGUGCCAAGGCCGUGGAGGUCGCAAAAAUGCGCAUCGAAAGCGACAUCACGUACUUCGAUCUCGGGCUCGUCCAGCCAGACGGCGGCUCCGAGGUCGGCGAGCUCUUCAUCCCAGGCGGAUCGAAUAUCGAUCGGAAGAUCCCCAAUGUCUCCGACGCGGAGAUCCACAACUUCCGUCUCAUCGACAAAGACACUGCGGAGAUCUUCACCUUUAAGACUGGCGAAGAGCUCCGCCGAUUCAAGUACCAACGGUACCUGAAACGGUAUCUCCGCACCAUCCACUCCGUCGACGAGAACGUCGGCAGACUGCUGGACUAUCUCGACGACGAAGGCCUCGCCGAUAACACCGUCAUUAUCUACACCUCCGACCAGGGCUUCUUCCUUGGCGAGCACGGCUGGUUCGACAAGCGGUUCAUGUACGAGGAAUCGUUCCAAAUGCCCUUCGUCAUCCGGUAUCCGAAUCUCAUCGCCCCGAACUCCGUCUGCAACGACAUCAUCAGUAAUGUCGAUUUCGCGACCACGUGGCUCGAUCUUGCGGGUCUAAGGGUUCCGUCCUACAUGCAGGGUAUUUCCUUCGUCUCGCUACUGAAGGGUGCCACGCCGCCGGACUGGAAGCAGGUCGCAUACCAUCGGUACUGGAUGCACCGGGAUCCGAUCCACAACGCAUAUGCGCAUUACGGGGUGAGGAACCAGCGGUAUAAACUGAUUUAUUGGUAUGCGGAGGAUUUUGAGCUUCCUGGGACGAGAGAAGGUGGGCAGCCGAGGGAGUGGGAGUUGUUCGAUUGCGAGAAGGAUCCGUUGGAGUUGUUUAACGUGUAUGCGCUCCCGGAGUAUGCGGAUGUGGUGGUGGACUUGACAGCGCUGCUGGAUGAGAAGAUGUUGGAGAUUGGUGAUACCCCCGUGCAUUGACUUGUGUAUGCUCUUUCGGUUGAGAAAAACAUUUUGCUGUCGGUUUGAGGUGUGGGGGGUAGAAAGAACACG